UGUGCUCGGAGAAUGACGACCUUGCUCCCCACCAAGUAAUUUCAAGCUUCACCCAUCAAUUGCAGGAACUGGGAGCAGAAGUUAAGGUUGUCAAGUGGAAAAAUUCUCCUCAUGCAGGACACUACACUCAUAACCCUAUACAAUACCGAGCUGUUAUCUCCAACUUUCUAGAGAAAGCCAUGUCAGUACACUUACAGAAAAUCCGGCAGCUUGGAGAAAGAGCUCACACGCAUGAUGAGAUUGAGUUAAUAUGUGACCUUCAGAAAGUUGCUGUGAAAUCUAACCAAAGCUUAAGAAGAGUAGCCACUGGGCCAUGUGACCACUUUUUCUUACCCAGCUCAGCACCGUAUCAAAGCAACAGCAGCAGCAGCAGCAACGACCCAUUGUCGUCUUCACAAGAAGAACAGAGAGAAAGAUCCUCCUUCCGCCCACUCCAACCAACGAGCAUAAAUGCUCACAGCGUUCUCGGGCAGUUCCUAUUCGACUCAUGUGUUCCAAAGAACAUCGAAGGGUGGGAUAUCAGAUUUGCGGGUUCUCUCAACGGCCAACCAUAUGCAACUUCCUCCUCCCGUAAGAACUCAAAUCUUGGUUUCAAGAAAUGCGUUUUCCGUUCAAGACUAUGAAAUCGGGGGAAACUAAGCAAGGUACGGGGUAUUGCGAAACCAUAUGGGAAGUAGUAGAGAGAUGUUUUAGAAAGGAAGAGGGAUGUAUAGGAUGCGGAAGAUGUAAAUAGAGUGAUAAUUACUACAACCUAACAUACAUGAGGGAUCUACAAAUGUUUGUGUGUACAAGUCUCAAAAAAUAAGUCUCUGUAUAGAUAGACAUAUCUGUUACUUGUUUACACGAAAAUGUGUUAAUAAAACACUGUAGUAUGUACCACUAGUGUAUGUAUUAUCUUCAGUUCCUCGGACUUCAUAGAUUUGGUUUAUAUGUUGAAGUAUAAGAGACACAAAGGAUUACAAAGA